AUGAGAUCGCGCCUGGACGGGUGGAGAGAGGCGGAUAUGGUGCCCACAGGCACGCAGUCAGAAGCAGUUGAAAGUGAGCCAGUUUGGUUCAGAGUCUUCCAAGGGAAGCAGAAUUGGGAUCGUGGCACCUUAGUGCGUCGCCUCGGGGCCGUGAUGGCGGAAGUUAGAGAUAAAGAAGGCAACCUGCACCGGAGGCACAGGCACCAGUCGCAGAUUCGCAGAGCAAUCCCAGAGAACGAGCAAGCAGACAUGUACCCCGUGACAACGGAGCAACUUAGAGCGUCGCCUGCAGGAGCACCGGCUCCCGCGCCCACCGCCGCAGAGGUCCAGCCGGCCGCACCUUCCAUCACCGCAUCGG